AUGGCUGCUGCGGCAGUCAGUGUGGUCGCGCGUCGACAAUACCUGGAUGAGCUUGCCCGAGAGGGUCAGGUUUCCGGCCAUAUACGAAAGACCGUUACGACAGACCUUCCGCCAGAGGGCACAGGCUUUUGGAAAUGCCAGCGCAAGGCAGCCAUAGCCUACAUUCAGAUGAAAGUCCAGCUCUCCGUUGCAGCGCUCAUUGCCGGCAAUUUUGUAGCCAACGUGAUAGAGAAAUGGAUUGAUCCAGCAGCUGAACGAUAUGCUGCAGUAUGGGAUCUUGUUGAUAUGUUUUUUAAUUGCAUGUUCACAAUUGAGCUAGCAUGGAACAUGUACGCUUUUUGGUUUUGGCGAUUCUGGCGUUCCGGCUGGAACAUAUUUGACUUUGUUGUGGUGACCAUCGGGAUCCUGAACAUGACGCGGAUUCCUUUGCCUGGUCCCUUUGGCCUGCUUCGAAUGAUGCGUGCCUUCCGGGUGUUUCGGCUCUUCAAAAGGGUUCGGUCACUCAACGCCAUCAUGGUUUCUUUAGCAAGAGCUGUGCCUGGCGUUUCGAACGCUUUUGUCGUGCUGCUGCUGGUGAUGUCCAUUUAUGCCAUCGUAGGUCAGGAGUUCUUCAUGUACCAUGCCAGCAAUUACACCUACACCAAUGACAUUGGUGACGAAGUGGAUCUUGUCACGCCACGGGGGUUGGACUAUGGAUAUGACUACUGGGGGAACUUUGGCCUGGCCCUGUACACCAUGUUCCAAGUUCUCACCACAGAGUCCUGGUCUGAAGCUGUUGGACGGCCUUUGCUGAACAGCAAUGACGACUUCCAGCAGCUGGGUGUUGCAGUGUUCUUUGGGUCCUACAACUUGCUUGUUGGAAUCGUCCUGAUUAACGUUGUUGUCGCUGUUUUGCUGGAGAAGAUGAUGGCGCAGAAGGAAGGCGAGAACAUGCGAAAUGAGAUGCACAAGACUCUCUCAGAGGCUCCAUCUGAAAGAAGCUCAAUACGCAGAGCCAGCGCUGCCUCGAGCUCCUCUCGGACAGAUGCCAUGAAAGGCAGUAGCCACGCCGCAGCCACAGCUGCGCCAUCUGCGCCUCAGCCUUUCGGGUUGUUGCGUGGAGAUGCCGCUGCCGCUGCCGAGUGCGCCUGGGACAGCCUGCAGAAUCAGCCGCACACGCCGCAGCAUCAAAACGAGGUGCCAUCUCACACACUCAAGGAGCUGUUCAUGUCGCCGCGGGAUACUGCAGUCGGCACCGGUACACUGUCGACGGAUGUGCUGAAGUCGACGAUUCCGGGACAUUUGGAUGGAAGCGUAUCUGGGAGUGCAACAACGCGCGAGCCAUCUAAAGGCGCUGCAUGCCUUGAUGAGAGAUCGGCAGAGGUUCUCGAAAUCGAGGCGGAUUGCGCAAAGCUGAAAAGCCAGCUUGCCAUGGCCUGCUGCCCAGCCACCAGCCAUGCUGUUGCUGACAUUGAUGCCCUGCACGGUCAGUCGGGUGAUCCUUGGAAGCACCUGGUAGAAGCGUGGAUUUCGUUUCACCUGGAGGUGAAGGCUGUGAGUGAAGAGAGGGUUGGUUCGUUCUCUGCCAUUGUUUGCUUAGAUUGGCCUACCUACCUUGAUGUCAUACAGAGUUUUGUGCUGGACUUCUCUUCUCUCUGUGACCGCGAAAUACCGGAGAAGAAUGAGACUGCGGACUCUAUGGAUGCUGACAGUAAGGCCUACGAAGCAGAGCUCAAGGACCUUCUGGAGAAGAAGGAGGCAGCCAAAGCAGAAGAGGAUUUUGACAAGGCGGAACAGCUGAAAGAGCAGGUUCAGCAAGUGAAGAGCAAUGAGCUUGCACGGCUGAAGGUGAAGAAGGACGAAGCGUUGAAGCAGGAGAACUAUCUGGAGGUCUUCUCGCAGUGGACCUCAUUCCUGGAGCUUAUUGAGAGGGCCUUGGAUGCAGCGCGCAUCCAACACAGGCGUUUCGAUGGGUCUUUGAGCAUCGAUGAACGCGCGCAGCGUGUGGCAUGGCUGAGUGAGCCCGCAGUUGGAGGAAAUGGGGCUCGAGUGCUUCUGGCUGGAUUAAAGUCUGGCGGCACUGGCCUCAAUUUGGUUGCAGCUUCGCGGCUUUACUUGCUGGAUCUUUGGUGGAAUCCCGCCGUGGAAGAGCAAGCAAUUCAGCGAGUGCAUCGGAUUGGCCAGAAGCAGGAAGUUCAUGUCUACAAGUUUGUGGUGGAGGACACCAUUGACUUGGACCUGCUUCAGCUGCACCGCGCCAAAGAACGACUGCUGGAAGAUGCUCUCAGCGGAGGCAAGAGUCACGAAACUGCCACAAGGCUGACCAUGGACGAUCUGAAGCGCUGGCAGCUCAGCAAAGAUCAUGAGUUGCUUCCUCGAACGACUCGGUUCGAUGCUAGGCCUUUUCAACCCAUGCCGAUCCCUCCGGACGGGAGGCUGAUCAACGGGAAGUUCGAGUACGCCUUCUUUACAGACAGGAACCCCAAGUUCGUUGAAACUCUCGGAAAGUUCCUUGAAAAGGAGACUUUUGAGAAGGAUGAUUUCAUCAUUCGAGAAGGAGAUAAGGGCUAUAGCAUGUAUUUCUUCUGCUCGGGCAGCGCCAUCAUGUGCACUGGAGCAGAUUUUCAUGAAGUGCAAAUUCUGACACGAGGAGAUCAAUGUGGAGAACUGGCCUUGCUCGGCAUCACUCAUAGAAGUUGUAGCGUCGUCGCUCGGGAGCGCACUGAAUGCCUCGUGCUGAAGAAGCGCUUUUUUCAAGCAGUUGUCGAAAGGUUCCCAGAAGAGAAGGAAUACUUUGCGCAGGUUGCUGCUGUUAGAAAGCAGGAGCUGAAGCUGAACUAUGAUUCGGAGCGAAGUGCCCGGCACCGGAACAGAAGACUGUCCCGGCAUGGCAACAAGGAGGCAGAAGGCGACUCAGACCGCGAUGCCACGGAUGACCCGGCGCCGAGCCUCCCUGAGGCCGACACCUCCUCUCCGCUGCCAGAUGCAGAGAUCCCAGGGCAAGCCCCCGCUCUUUCUCACCUGUCGGUCAAACAGCUUCUGGCACCCCCUCCACGGCAGGGACCUCUGCAGCUCGCACCGCUUGGCCAGGAGCAGCAACGUGUCCGAAAUGGUAGAAGAGGCUUCCAGCACCGCAUGGCCAAGGAAUUGACCACGGUGGGACACGCAGCGCUCGCCAGGAAGAUGGAAGUUGCUGCUGCCUUGCAUGAGGAGAUGCAGCCGCCGUCUUCCAGCUCAUUAAUACCUACCCGAAGAGCAGCGCGAAGCCACUCUCUGACUCAGGUCCCUGCACUUGAGCGUUUGAAGCCGCAACGGAAGGAGGCUGAAGAUUUGCCACAGCUGCCGUGUCAGCCAGCACAUGCCCGAGACUUCCCGCCCGUCAAAGGAAGUGUCAGCAAGGUUGAGAUUGAGUACGAGGAUCCGCCUCCAGCUAAGAAGGUUCUUCAAGAUGAUGAUGAUGACGACGACGGCUUUGACUUCCUGAAUAUGGACCUCAACGCAAUCGAUCCCUGGGCAAGAGCUGUCUCUGCCUAG